UAAACGUCUGCCUGAACAUCCAUGUUCCUCUACAUGCUAAUCUACAUGGCUUAUCACAGCAGCAGAUGGAUACCAAGGAGUAAGAGGUUGAAAUUUCAAAUUGUGAAUGUGGUGUUCACUGCGCUGGUUCUUGUCCCUCAGUUCGUCAUCUUGGGAAGUCCCAAAUCAUCCAGAUACUGUAACCAGCCUCUUCUGAACAACCUGUCAGCCUCCAUCGCCUUGUCCUUCAUAGCUGCAGGUUUCUCUGUCAUAGUCACAUUGACUGACCCAGUCCCUCAGAGCUUGUGGGCUUCCUAUCAUGUGUUUGGGCUGCUGACAUGUGGACAUGGAUUGAGCACGGCGGUCCUCACUCUGACAGCAGCAUCGUGUGUAAGAAACCGACUGUUACCAUUUAGGUCCUAUAUUCAAAUUUCAGACUCAAAGUGAUUUGUUUAUGUAAAUUCACAGGCUAA